AUGGAGUUUGAACAACUUCAGUACAGAACUGUGGAGUUAUUAGCCUCUAAAGCUUGUGAGUUUGGUCUUCCUCCUCAUCAUGAUGAUAACGCAACUGAGGAAGAAAGUAUCAAAAACUACACUAAUGACACAGUUUUCGCAAAUGCUUUGUCGGCCGCCCUGAAAGAGGCUUACGAUAAAGAGUUGACGAUUUCUGAAAAACAAGAUGCUCCUGAAGUUAUGGCCUUAAGAUCGAACAUGAAACGACUUAGAGUUCUCAAAGAAAGAAUAGAUGCUUAUACAACAACUAUGAAAGAGCUGAGAUCAGCUUAUGAUGGAGUAACAGCCCGAACCUCAUCGUUACAUGACGCUUGUGAUAGAGCUUUAGCUCAACAGACUGCUUUAGCCGCAGGCUCAGAGCAAAUUAAAACUAAUUUAUAUUUCUUCAAGCAGGCUGAUAUCAUUAUGAAGAAGCUCAAUAACACUUCUAAGCUAUCGGUAACUGGCCAGACUUUCACGGCCAUGUUGGCUACAAUCGAUGAAUGCAUCACUUUCCUGAAGCAGCAUCCGGAGUACAAAGAAUCUGCUGUUUACAUAGGAAAGUAUGAGCAAUGCCUCAGUCGAGCUAUGACAUCGAUAAGGAUGGGAGUCCUAUCUGACAUUGAAGUAUCAGUCACAGAUGUUCGUGAAAAACAGGCUCAGCUACAAGUAGAUUAUGAAAAGUUAGGAAAAGGAAGAGCUGAUGAUGACACUUUCGCCUUACUUUAUGGUGUGUUCGCAUCAAAAGCUAGUUCUGUAAAAACUGCCUUGUCUGUAGCUGAGCAACGCUUUUCUGCCGUUCCGGAGUUUCAGGCUAUGUUAGCAGAAUGCCAACAAGCUUACUUCCAAACAAGAGUGCAACUGUUAGGUCCUAUCAUUCAAGCUACUUUGAAUCAUUUAGCCAACAUACGCGGUGAGUCAUCCUGCGGCUUAGCUAGAUCAGGAUGCCUGUUCAUACUACGAGUAUGCGAUGAUGAGUAUCGUUUAUAUAAGCAGUUUUUCAAUACUGAAGGAGUUGAAGAAUCAGAAAUUGAGAGGAUGAAAGCGCCUUCUGUAUACUCUGCGAAUGCAAGUCUAACUGUCCAUCCGUUCGAAGAGUUCGUAGAAGGAAUUUCACGGAUACUAUAUGACAUGCUUCGCCCACUUGUUGUUCAUAAUCCCCACUUGGAGACAUUGGCAGAAAUUUGUGCUAUCCUAAAAGUGGAAAUGAUUGAAGAGCGUUGCUCUUUACUCACUUCUGUUGUAGAAGACGGUAGCUUCGAUCCUCGUGCAGGUUUCAUACAGGUUAUGAAUGAGCUGGUUGGCGAUGUUGCUGAACGCAUCGUCUAUAGAGCCGAGUCGUAUGGAAUAUCAGAUAUUGUGAACUACAAACCUGCUGCGGGUGAUUUGGCUUAUCCCGAGAAGUUGGAAAUGAUGAAAACGAUCGAGAAAGAUAACUUAAAAAAUAAAGCAAACGAGAGCAUAGAAACAAUACCUGAACAAGAAGCUGGUACUGCAACCAAUGAUACAGAUGUACUUUCGUCGUCGGCUCCUAUUUCUGCUGUUGAUCUUCAUUGCUUAUGGUAUCCGACGGUCCGGAGAACGGUAAUGUGCUUGGCUAAGUUAUUCAAGUGCUUAGAUAUGGGUGUGUUCCAAUCUCUUGCUCGAGAGCUCUUGAUCAUGUGCUGUGAUUCUCUACAGAGUGCUGCUGAGCAAAUUUGUUCGUCCACUGUGAAAAAGAGUGGUCGAUCUAAACGAAUAGAUGCUGAAUUAUUUGUUGUGAAACAUUUGUUGAUUUUACGUGAACAAACGACUCCCUAUCGUCAGGCUGCUUCUCACAGGGCUGACGCUACAUUGCCAACUCGCGAAGUCACUUUUGACUUCACUAAGAUGAAAAACAGCAUUUUUGAUGAUCCCAGUCGCUUAUUCCAGCUAAGUUCUAACAAUGCUUUCCUCGAGCUGUUGUUUUCGGUACCUGUUCAUUUAAGCGAGCAGUCAAAUGAUAGCCGUUUAGUCAUUGAUUCUCGAUUAAGAUCGUCUUGUAAUCAACUUGUUCAAACUUCAACACAGUUCGUACUCGGAGACCUCACCACACUGGUUGAUAGAGCUGAAGAUGAAUCUCUUCAACCUGGUUUCGAUCUCAAAACCCGAUCGCAUUUGUCUCCUGAGAAGUUCGGAGAAGCUGUGAACCUUGGCUUCAAAGCAUUGAGUAAUAAAUGGCCAGAGAUCCGGAUGCUGUAUAACUUGUACAUAGGGGUUAUGGAAACAGAGGGAAUUCUACUUUCGCCUGUUAGGAAGAGGAUCUCAGAAGUAUUUUCAAGAGCUAUUGCAUUUUCGAACAAAUGUUACGACGAAGAGAGUAAGAGCAUAGCUGGACUUCCUAAUAUACAGCAAGUUCACUUAUUACUGAACAAAAAUUAA